UCUCACUGAAGAAAUAUUUUUCUUUUCGGAAGAAGAUCCCGACAAAGCGGCCCUAUUUCUUUUCAGUCACAAAAAGUCAAAUAAUCCGAAAACCGACAAUGUACGCCAGGACAAAUACCGGCAGCACACACGGAGACUUUCAGGAUCGAAACGGAGUGAAUUAUGUGACAUCGACAGAGACUUUCGGCCACUGCUCUCAAUUGUUCUGGAAAAAGGAUCCCAACGACUCCGGACCGAGUUCCACCAUCAGCUGGUGUGAUCAGCUCCCCUCGUCCUCAGCAGCCCUGUCCAGCUCCAGUCUGUCCUCAGCGUCCCUCUCCACUUCCAGCCUCUCUCUGGAGUCCCGGGCUCCGCCGCCACCAGCAGCCACGUCAGCAUCAGACGACAUGGAGUCAGACGAGAGGCCGUACGUGUGCGACAUGUGCACCUGCGCCUACAAGCACGCCAGCUCUCUGCUCAACCACAAGCUCACCCACAAGACCGGAGACUUCAGGUGCGACUUUUGCAGCAAGCCCUACACCAACUACAUGUCCUUGCGCAAUCACAUGCGGAUCCACGGUCAGAAGCGCUACAUGUGCGACCUGUGCGGGAAGGCCUUCCGCCUGGCGCGGUACCUCCGGAACCACCAGAGGAUCCACGACGACGGGCCCAACCGCUUCGACUGUCCCUCCUGCUGCAAGAGCUACAGGACCAUGCUGGAGCUCGCCCAGCACCGCUGCAGCUCCGCCGUCACCAACCAGUCCGGUGGAGCUGCUGGGGGAGGCGGUGGGGGUCGUCGUUCCAACUACUCCAACCAUCGCCGUCAGCAGCAGCAGCAGCAGCAGCAGCAGCAGCAGCAGCAGCAGCAGAACAGCGCUAACUCCAUGAUGCAACCGCAGCACGGAGGACACGGCCAGCAGGAACCUCUGCCGCCCCACUGCGUCUCCCCCAUGUCCCAGGGAGGCGUGGGCAGCCAGCCAGACCCCCACCAGCAGGGACGCCCCAGCUCCGUGUCCUCCCAGAGCAGCCAGCACAGCAUGAGGAGCUCCUCCUCCAACAAACACAUCUCCUCCUCCAGUGCCACCCCGUCCUCCUCCUACUCCCUGCUCCAGCCCCUGGUGCCUGAGGUAAAGGAGUUGAGCUCGGGAUACACUAGGCUGAGCGCCAACCCCAUGCCAAAGCACCAGGAAACUUUCUCUCUGGCCCCCCAGCGGCCCCUCACCACCAUCAACCCCAUCGGCCACUCCCUCCAUCCAAAUGGUGCGCCCACACUCAAGCCCUCCCCCGUGCCACGCAGUAUCCAGGCCAUGCCAUGGGAGCAGCGCUCUCUCUACAAUCAAUGAGACCGGCAGGACCCAGCUGCACCCCCCUUCCUCCAACACUCCCCACACGCCCUCCUCCCCCUACCCCCCUGUUGGACCCAGCAUCAAGGAGGGGAGGACUUUGGAUGCCCCUCCAGCACCUCACCCCUCCUAUGGGGGACGGGGACCCCCCCCCAUGAGAACUAGUUGAGAUUGAUUACUGAGUAGUUAGGUUAAAAUGUGUUGCCUUGCCCCUCAUGUAUGAUCUAUGCCAUGUACUGGAUAUAAGUUAAAAUGUCUGUCCCCCAUCCUCCCCCCCACUCUAGUUAUGAACGUAUCUAUCCUCCCCAUUAUGAAUAUUGUAUCCCCCCCUCACCCCUACCCUUUUUCCCCCAUGUUAAACAAAAGGCUAUUUUCUAUUAAGAUAGCAUUCCAAACCCUGAACAACGAGGGAUUCAGAUCCAGACCCAUCUGAGUCUGAACAUUCCAGGGCACCAAAAUGUCCAGUAAUGUGACAAAAUUCCCCCCCUACCCCCUCCUCACUUAUGUUUCUGAACAUAAAACCCAACAUUUAGUCAGAUAAGGCUCUGGAAAGAGAAGGGGGAACUCUUCUUUUGUUACUUGCUCCAGAAUGAAGUUUGUGUAUAUUGUGCGUCAGGGGCUGUGAUGACUCUUACCGUAAAAGUUUUCCACAGCAGGGCCCCCUCGAGGAAAAGGGCCCCAUUGACGAGCCCUCUUCGCGUGAAGACUGAAACCCUGCUGUUUUAAAGGACCUCAUCGUUUCCCGCCACAAGGACUACUUUGGCUUGGUUUCCUUCUUUUAACACAACUGAAGCUCACUCUUUUUCCUGACUUGUUGUUAUUGUACUUUUAAUAACCUGUUGGCUGGGAAUCACAUCCAGAACAAUCACAUCUCCAUCCCUUUUGUUCCAGACUGACUGUUAACAUGUUGCAAAAGCACUUUAAGACAAGUGCUGUAUAAUUAUUACUGUCCAACCCCCCCGUCUAGAGCUGUGUGGGCUGUAAGGAUGCAACACUGCCUUACAUCCUGUCCUCAUCACGACACACACACGAUCACCACGGCUGCACCCGGAAGCUUCAGUGGCCAAAAUACACUCCCCCACCCCACCAACGCACCAUCCAGUGUUGCUCUCCCUUUCAGAAAACGUCCUGCCUGUCUCACAACUUCCUGUGAGGUGUUUCAGCAAGCAGCCAAUCACAACUGGCCAGAUAACUUAAAUGAAAUGAUGAGUUGAAUCCUGUUAAACGGUCAAUUUAAUGAAUAACAGUUUAAUCAUGUUUCCAAUAUGUAGUUCUGUUACGUUAUCUGCUAACACGGUGUUCACUGAAAUACCCACAAUUCUACUGACAUUGUAUUUUCUCUUUUUAAAGUUGUUUCUAUUUUUAUCAUGACAUGUUUUCAUCGUUGCUUUCUCUCUCCUUGUAAAGUGUCUUUGAGUAUUUAGAAAAGUGCUAUACAAAUAAAAUGUUUUAUUAUUAUCACCA